AUGGUAAAGAAUCCUGAUGAUGCAACCACGAUCCAAAUCAAAAAGGAAACAACACCAAGUGGUCAAGCUCCUGUAGUUUUGGUGACAGGACCUUAUACCUCAAAAAACACUCCAGUCCUUGAUGACCAACGACAUGACCGUUCAAAACCUGUGGUAUUUCUUGACCGUCGGACCCUUCGAGGUGAUCCUCCAGCUUGGUUACCUUCUUAUUGGAUAAAACCUGGUGUAUAUCCUUUACCUCCUGGUGCUUCCCCACUCAUUCAAAUGUUACAAUCCUUUCCUUUUGAUCGAAAUGCUAUUACACCUUCUUCUUCUGCUUCUACUACUACACCUGCUCUAUCUAACAACACCAACAAUGUUAAUACCAUGCUUGGACCAUCUAUGUUUCAACCCAAUUUCUAUCAACAACCCAAUAUGUUUUAUGGUGGAAAUAUACCGGGAAAUAUGAUGAUAUCUCCAUCUAUGAUGCCUGUUAAUGAUAUGAUGUCUCAUUGGUUACAACAACAACGAUUACAGCAAAUGUUACAGUAUCAUCAUCAGCAACAAAUUCAAGCCAUGUCAAAUCCCACCGUUGCCUCUCCGAUACCUCAACCAUUAUCACCUUCUUCUUCUUCCUCUUAUACUCAACGAAAACCUAUCAAUACUCCUAUACCCAUGUAUGGCUCUCCUCUUCAACCAUCCCAUACUUCUUCUUCUUCUUCUUCUAAUCCUCAACGUCUUAAUAAAGACAACAUAUCAAAAAGGCCGACCGUCACACCAUCCACCUCUACUAGCAAUUCAACACAACCAAAGGUACAAAGAAAGCAAAUCAAUCCUACAAAAUCAAAACAACGUGUACGAUUUGCAGAGGACCCUAUUGUGGAAGAGUUUGAACCUUAUAAUCAUUCUAUGGAUGAAGAGGAAGAACUUUAUGACGACAACAAUGCAACGAGAUAUUAUGACAAUGAUUAUUAUCAAUCUGAAUAUGAUGAUGACAGACAGUAUUAUUAUAAUGACAAUAUAGAUGACAAAUAUUAUGACAAUGAUUAUUAUCAAUCUGAAUACGAUGACGACAGACAGUAUUAUUAUAAUGAUAAUAUAGAUGACAACAACGACAAUGGUAUGGAUGGUCAUUACAAUGAACAACAAGACGAUGAUUAUUGGGAUGAAGAAGAACAAGAGGAAAUCCAACGACCUUGGUCAACAGGACGAUAUAUGGAUUAUGAAAGAUCUCGACAACAUUCUGGAUAUUAUUCAUCACAACAACGGCAACGAGUCACUCGACAUCAUUCAGUCCAUUCACCGUCCACUUCACCAUCCACUUCAUCAACUACAUUUUCUCCUCAUCUAUCACAACAACGACAACCAUCGUAUCAUGACUCUUCUUUGACGCGUCGAUCCACUACUACUGGUACUUCUUCAACUAAUCCUCGGAUGUGGCAACCUUCACGCAAUCAUCGACCUCAACAAUAUAAUGCUUCGGUAUCACGGUCUUCAUCUAUGGGUGCAACUUCUCGUCGGUUUAGGCAAUUGGAGGAAUGAAGAAAAUGACUCACUGUAUAACUUUAGAAUCAAAUAUAGUUUAGUAUACACACACACACACACGCGCACACAAUUAUUAUUCAUCCGUCAUUUUUUAUUUUUAUUAUUUUGAAAGCAUAUCAUCCAGUACAAAAAAAAA